GUGGAUGUUCGACUGACCCACUUCUAUUUGCAAUAAAAAAUAUUGGAAAGUGUUCAAAACUGUCGUUUCACGGAUUUCCUGUUUUGACUUGCCAAAAAAUCAUUUACUGUAGGUAGAAAACGUUGUCUACGACUUGUUCUCUCGUCCUUCUACUGUAUGCCUGGAUCUGUAAUUCUGUAUGCUGUUUUUGCUGUAUGCGUAGCUGAAUUGUUUUGUUUCCCACAUUGUCACGAAAAAACGGCAUAUGCUAAAAUUCCAUGUUGUUAAAUCAAUAAAAGGCGAUUGCAGUUUUUGAGCUACGACUCUAGGGACUUAGGGAGUAAAUUUCCGAAGCUCCAAACUCCGAACCUGUUAAAAAAAACUUAAAAUUUCAAAAUGUAAAAUCGUAAACGCACGAAAAAACAAAAAAAUGGCACCAAUGUCCGCAGCUCACGUACCGCUGUUUAGUAUCACUUUCGAGCUUCGGUUUUCUUCUAAACCGUUCUGCAUCUCUGAAUUUCGUCUUCUGUAUUAUUUUGACAAGUAAUCUUCUGAUUUGAUCAAAUACAUUUUAUUUACGAUGGAAGAACUUAGACUUAGUUUAGACACAUACAAACUCCAACUACAGCAAGUUGAAGCUGCAUUAACCGCAGAUGCAACGAGUGAAGAGUUGUUGAAAUUAAAACAAGACCUUGUCGAAGUGAUUGCCCUUACUAACGAACUUAUUAAUGCUCAACGCGAGGCCGAAGAUGAUUCGAAAAACAAAAGUAGUGAGAGAAGUUCCCACAAAAAAGUUAUCCAGUGGUCUGUAGGGGACAAAUGCAUGGCUCCGUGGAGCAACAAUAAGCAAUAUUAUGAUUGUACAAUUGAAGCUCUAUCAGAGGACGGUGAAGUUUCAAUUCGUUUUGAUGCAUACGGGAAUUCAGACGUGACAACUACAGACAAGCUAAAGGAGAGGCCGCGGGGGCUUGAAGGAGGAAUGUCAGACAAAAGCUUAGCAGAGAAAUUGAAGACUAAGAAGGAACAGCUGCAGAAACAACGAGAAUACCUGAAGCAGAAGAAACAAAAGAAGCUGGUAAAGAUGAAGGAGCUGGAAGAAGCCAGAGAGGAAGAAAAAAGCAAAUGGCAAAGUUUCAAUGCCAAAGCUUUGAAAACGAAGAAAGGUGGAAUAGUAAAGAAGUCUAUCUUUGCAACCCCCGAUGGCCCUGGUGGUAAAGUUGGUGUAGGAACUUGUGGAAUAUCCGGCCGGCCUAUGACCGAGUAUAUGCAAGCAGAAAAACGCAAGAAAAAGUAAAUACCUACAAAUUCAUAAACGCGAUAAAUAGGAAAUUGAAUGAAAAAAAUAAACCAGACUUUCGUUUUGUAA